UGAAUCAAUCCCAUGAUGCAACAUGCCUCCCCAGCCCCAGCUCUGACGAUGAUGGCCACGCAAAAUGUCCCUCCCCCACCCUACCAGGACAGUCCACAGAUGACGGCAACUGCUCAGACACCCUCUAAGGCCCAGGCUGUCCAUAUCUCCGCACCCUCUGCUGCUGCCAGCACUCCUGUGCCCAGUGCCCCCAUUGACCCCCAGGCCCAGCUGGAGGCUGACAAGCGAGCUGUGUACAGGCACCCUCUUUUCCCGCUUCUGACGCUGCUGUUUGAGAAAUGUGAACAGGCCACCCAGGGCUCGGAGUGCAUCACCUCCGCCAGCUUUGACGUGGACAUCGAGAACUUUGUCCACCAGCAGGAGCAGGAGCACAAACCCUUCUUCAGCGAUGACCCAGAACUGGACAAUCUGAUGGUGAAGGCAAUCCAGGUCCUGAGAAUCCACCUGCUGGAGUUGGAGAAAGUCAAUGAACUCUGCAAGGACUUUUGUAACCGUUACAUCACCUGCCUCAAAACCAAGAUGCACAGUGACAACCUGCUCAGGAAUGAUCUCGGGGGGCCCUAUUCCCCCAACCAGCCCUCCAUAAAUCUUCACUCACAGGACCUCCUGCAGAAUUCUCCCAAUUCCAUGUCCGGAGUCUCCAAUAACCCCCAGGGGAUUGUGGUCCCAGCCUCAGCGCUCCAGCAGAGCAGCAUCGCCAUGACAACUGUCAACUCACAAGUGGUGUCAGGUGGAGCUUUAUACCAGCCAGUUACCAUGGUAACCUCCCAGGGUCAGGUGGUCACCCAAGCAAUCCCCCAGGGAGCCAUCCAGAUCCAGAACACACAGGUUAACCUUGACCUCACUUCCCUCCUGGACAAUGAGGAUAAGAAGUCCAAGAACAAGCGAGGAGUCUUGCCCAAGCACGCCACCAAUAUCAUGCGUUCUUGGCUCUUCCAGCAUCUCAUGCAUCCCUACCCCACGGAGGAUGAGAAAAGGCAGAUCGCGGCCCAGACAAACCUCACCCUCUUGCAAGUCAAUAACUGGUUCAUCAAUGCCCGGAGGCGCAUCCUGCAGCCCAUGCUUGAUGCCAGCAACCCAGACCCUGCCCCUAAAGCCAAGAAGAUCAAGUCCCAGCACCGGCCCACCCAGAGAUUCUGGCCCAACUCUAUCGCCGCGGGGGUGCUGCAGCAGCAGGGCGGCGCCCCGGGGACAAACCCCGACGGCUCCAUCAGCCUGGACAACCUGCAGUCGCUGUCCUCAGACAACGCCACCAUGGCCAUGCAGCAGGCCAUGAUGGCCGCACACGAUGACUCAUUGGAUGGGACGGAGGAAGAGGAGGAGGAUGAGAUGGAAGAGGAGGAGGAAGAGGAACUGGAGGAGGAGGCUGACGAGCUUCAAACGACGAACGUCAGUGACCUGGGCUUGGAACACAGUGACUCCCUGGAGUAGUUGGCAGCCCAGAUGGCACUGACCA